AUGUACGAAGACGCGGCGUGGUACUCGUCGUUUGUGCCGCGCGCCGUCAAGCCCGCCGAGCAGACGACGCACCGCCGCCGCGAGUCGUCGCGCCUGGAGCAGCCCCCCGAGGGCCCCGCUGACGUCGAGCGCGCAGAAGCCAUCGCCGCGUCCCGUCGCGACGCCGCCGCGCCCCUCAAUGGCCCGCCGCCCGCCACCGUGGCCCGCCGCGCAAAGUCGUACAGCGACUUCUACGGCGCCGUGCGCGCCCACCUGAGGAAGGACAAGGGCAGCGGGCGCCCCAGGUCCCGAGCGAACAUCAGCAACGAGCUGGCCUUCGCCCAGUGGUACAACGGCGUCCACGACGAGCUGCUCGACGCCAGCCACGACGAGUACAAGCUGUACCAGGACCAGCUGCACCUCACCCGCGCCCACCUCGACACCAUCGUCGCCGACACCACCCACGCCCUCGCCACCCUCGCGUCGCUCACCGCCUCCUUCCAGGCCGUCGACGCCCAGACCACGGCCUUCCGCACGCAAUGCGAGGGCCUGAUCGACGACCAGAAGCGCAUCACCACGCUGGCAGAGGACAUGGAGCAGAAUCUGCGCUACUACCUGUAUCUCGAGCCCAUGACCAAGCGCCUCAAUGCCCCGGGCGCCGCCGCCAUCGUGCGCGGCAGCGACUUCACCGACAUGCUGGCCAACCUGGACAGCUGCCUCGACUACAUGCACGCCCAUCCCAAGCACCGCGAGUCGGCCACCUACCGCUCCAGGUACCGCCUGCUCCUCACCCGCGCCCUGACCCUGAUCCGCGUGCACUUUACCAAUGCGCUGCGCGAGAUCGCCGCAGACGUAGCCAAGCGCAUAGCUGACCGGCAGCUGAACGACACCACGUCCUCGGCCCUGCUCUAUGCAAAGUUCCGGGUCGGCGCACCCGAGCUCAAGCAGAUGGGGCUCGAGAUCCAGAAGCGCGCCGUGCUCCCCGCGGGUGCAGAGCCCGGCGCCGAGGCCGAGUACCAGAGCUUGAUGAACGAACUGUACCAGAGCUACUCGGCAACCCGCGGUCGCCUGAUCCUGCCCAUGGUCACCAAGAAAAUCGGAGAAAUCGCGCAAGCACCGAGCUCCGCCAACGAUCUGGUCGCCUUCGCCCGUAGCAGCAUCAGCUACAUGCGCCGGAUAUGUUCCGACGAGUCCGACCUCUGGGCCGAGUGGUUCGACGGCGACCGCGGCAUGUACGACUAUCUCGAGGCCAUGUGCGAGCCCAUGUACGACCAUCUGCGCCCGCGUACCAUUCACGAAACCCAGAUCCUGAAGCUAUGUGAACUGUCCACCUUCAUCCAGACGCAAUACAUGGAAGACGACGACGACGACGAGUCACCCCUCGAGGCGCCCAGACUCGACUUCCAGAAUCUCGUGCAGCCGGCAUUGCACGAUGCCCAGAACCGACUUGUGUUCCUGUCCCUUGCCGUUCUCCGCGACGACAUCGAGCGUUACAAGCCGAAACCAGAGGACCUGCAAUACCCUCUCAAGAACAAGAAGCAAGCGCUGUCAGGCUCCAAGUCUGGUCAACCAGCCCUCUCGGGCAAAAAGGAACCCAAGACCGAUCUUCCACCGACCCCCCAGAUGCCAAAGACGCCCACGGUGGUCGAGGAGGAUGAUUUCGAUGCCAAGUACAGCUUCAACACCGAGGCCGCCUUCAAAGACUGGUAUCCCACGCUGAGGAAGGCUAUCUGGCUGCUCAGCAAAAUCUACCGACUGGUACAUUCCUCCGUCUUCGACGACCUCGCCCACCGCAUCGUCCACAGCACCACGGUCUCCCUCCGUCAUGCUUCAACCCUCAUCUCCAAAUCCGCCUCCCCCACCGACGCCGCCCUCUUUCUCAUCUCCCACCUCCUCCUUCUCAAGCAGCAAAUCGUCGCCUUCGACAUCGAAUUCGUCACCCCCGAGACCGAUCUCCAGUACGACGUCUCCACAAUCACAAACACCUUCUGGGAACUCCGCUCGCGCGGCAACCUCUUCAACCCGCGCGAGCUCGUCGGCCUGCUCAUCCCCAAGGUCGUCGAAAACAUGCUCGACGCCAAAGCCGAGGUCGACACCGUCCUCCGCCAGGCCAUCAACGACUUCACGGGCCAGUUCGUGAACCGCAUCACCGAGCCCAUCAAGUCCAAGGACGGGACAUCCGUCAUCAAAGUCCCGCCCGCCGAAGCCGCGCCCCGCACGACCAAGAUCCGGAACAACGUCGAGCACGAGACGCCCUUCCUGCGCGGAAAGCUCGAGGAGUACAUCACGGACCACCGCACGCGCGAGAUGCUGGUCGCCGCGGUGCUGGAGGCUGUGGGGCAGACGUACGAGGACUGGUUCGACACGGCGUACACGCCUAGCUUGAACGGCGCGGGGCGCAGCGCCAAGGGCAAGGGGCCCGCGGAUGGGGUGUGGGAUCCUGACGUGUUUUCCGAGUGGUGCGGGGGCGUGUUCAGGGUGGGGACGCAAGGGCUGGGGAUUCUCGGGGCUGGCGAGGACGAGUAUGAAGGGCGUGGGGGCGAGAGCGAUGAUGACAGCAUGCGGGCUGUCAGCGAGCGGACGGGCACGGAGAGGACGGGUGGCACGGGCAUCAGGAUCAGGAUGUAA